GUUUACAGAUAAAAUAUUUAAAUAUUGUGUCCAUAUUCUGUGCAAUUUACAUUGGGUGCUUUGAUGUGGAGUAUAAUGGGCAGGACUACAUAAACAUAUAACCAGCUGAAUAGGAUCUAUGAUGACAGCCGGUAGCCAAAACACUUAAAAUGUCUACUGAAACAAGUACAUUUGAAGACAACACAGACAAAGAGAUAGAAAACAUUGCAAAUCUUACAGUGUCUGAAAUUGAGGAAUCUGUACCAACUGAUAACUCAGAGUUAAUCACAGAUCAACAGCAAAAAAAAGAUAUUGGUGAUGCAUCUUGUUUAAAGCAUGGACUGUUAGAAGCUCCAGAAGGCGAUCUCACUACAAAACCUCUGGAUUGUUGUGAUUCUGUGAGCUUGGAACCAGUAGCUGAAGCCAACGUGACAGAAGAGGAAAACAGCCAGGAUGCAAACACUGCUGGUAAAGAAAGUGCCUGGGGGGCUUGGGGCACAUGGGGAAAGUCCCUCCUGUCAUCAGCAAGUGCAACAGUAGGCCAUGGGUUAUCAGCAGUGAAGGAAAAAGCUGGGGCUACACUAAGAAUCAGAACAACAUCUGAAGAGAGUUCUGUUGCUGAUGCGUCUGCUAAUGCAGAUCAAGAGGAAUCAUUUGAGAAAGAAGAAAACAUUACAGAGCUCCCAUCAUCUCCAUCAGGCUCCCGUGGUGUCUUAUCAGCAUUAACAAAUGUGGUGCAACACACUGGUAAAACUGUUCUGACUGGUGGGUUGGAUGCCUUGGAGUUUAUUGGUAAGAAGACAAUGAAUGUACUGGCAGAAAGUGACCCAGGAUUCAAAAGAACUAAAAUACUGAUGCAAAGGACAGCUUCUUUAUCACAGAUGCUGAGGGAAGCUAAAGAGAAAGAGAAGCAGAGAAUGGCUGAACAGUCCACAGACGAGAGGACGGCCCACUAUGGACUGCUCUUUGAUGAGUACCAGGGUCUGUCACAUCUGGAGGCACUAGAAAUAUUGUCCCAAGAAAGUGAAACUAAGGUUCAGUCGUAUUUAUCAACACUGGAAGAUAAAGAGUUGGAGACUCUUAAAGCAGAACUUAUCGCCAUCAAAGAGAUUUUCAUUCAGAAAGACUUUGAUAAGGAAGCUGAAGCUGAUGAAACUAGUGACAAAGAAGCAGAAACAGAGGAAUUUGUCCGCACGCUGACAGAGCUCCUUUUUGAACUACAUGUUGCUGCCGCACCUGACAAAAUGAAUAAGGCAAUAAAGAAAGCUCGUGAUUGGGUGUCAUUAGAUAUGUUUUAUGUAGACGAGCAAGAAACUAAACCAAAUGAAGAGAAUGUGAUAGAUACUGAAACAAAAUCAGAUGAAGAAAAAAAAGACGAUGUUAAGAAAAGCAUGAAUAUAGAGGAAGUAUAUAAGCAGUCAAUUGAAAGCUUGGCAGAAGUCACGGCUCGUUGCAUUGAACAGCUUCAUAAAGUGGCAGAAUUAAUACUUCAUGGACAGGAUGUGGAAAGGCCGGUGAAAGACCAAACAGUAGUGUUAACUAAGCUAACUGGUGCCAUGUGUAAAGAAGUUUUGUCUUUAUCUAAGAAGUUUUCCAGCUGCCUGACGUUAACUGGGAGCAAUACAAAGGCGGAAAUCCUGAAUCCAUUGGUCAACAGUGUGCAGUUGGAGGGAGGCAACAGCACCACCUAUAUCCAAGAUGCAUUCAGACUACUGAUGCCUGUUCUACAGUUUUCACAUAUACAGACUUCCUCUUCCAAAACAUCUUAGUACUCAGCUUUGUUUAAUUACAGCGUUGGCUUGAUCAUUUGUAUAAAGUAUUACAAAGAAAUAUAGUAGAGCUGUCUAGAAGCUUUAAAAUGGCUUCAUUUUGUGUGUACGCAAAUUUGCACAUUAUAUAAAAGAAACAAAUUAUUUUAGACACUUUUUUUAGUUUAAAUGAGUUCUCAUGUUAUUUAAUUGUUAUAAAAUGAGCUAUACAUUUUCACCAUAAAGCAGUGUGAAAGAUUAAA